AUGAAAUCAUUCGUGCUUUUUGCCCUCACGCUGUGCGUGGCUCACGGCGAAAUGAGUCGGAAACUAUUCACGGAAAGAGGCCAGCGUCCCAAAUCAAAACUUGACCAAGGAAGCCACCAUGGGCGCGGGUUCGCCAGUACUGGAAGAUCGAAUCGACAGUUUUUCCGUAAGAAAUUUGGCCACCAAAAAGCUAUUCCAGAAUCGAAACCGUCCAGUCGAAACGUUCGAUCAGUUGUCGUCAAAGAACACAGUUCCGGAUACGGAGAGUAUGUCGCGGGAAACAGUAUUGGCCUUGACCUCGAUUUCAGCUCUGGAUACAGUUCCGGUUCCGGGUCUGGAUCGUUCUUUUCCAUGUCAUUUUGGUUAAACGAUGGAAUUGAAACUGUAGAAACACCAACAAAGGAGAAAAGUAAAAAAAUGAACAACUCUCCUGCGAAAUCUCCGACUCACGCUGAUAGAUAUAACAAAAGAAGCAGUCGAGGUUCGAAUCCGGAUUUCGUUCGGAAGGAAAAAGUUGAAUCACGUAAGUCAAACGCAGGAAUAAUCAGCGUUCUGACACCGCGCAAACAUCAAGUUAAGAGAUCUAUCUUCGAUUUUUUCACUGGAUCUGGAGACACCAGCAGCAGUAGCGGUUAUAGUAGCGAUGAAAGAGAUGAUAUUCUCAGUGAUGUUCAAGAAGGCUCCGGCUCUGUUGUCCCUGGAGUCGUCACAAAUCAAAAAGUUAAACAUUUUCAGUACGCACUGGGCCACAGCGAAUCAAUGGGAAUAUCAACCGGAAGUGGCAGUAUCGCGUGUAUUGGGAAUGUUCACUGCGACCAAGGUAGUGGAAGUAUUGAAAUACAGGAUGCACAAAUGCCCGCCAUGGAGAAGCCUACGAAUUUGGGCUCUGAGGAACAAAUCCAUAGCAGUGGAAUGUAUGCAGACGACCACCAACCAUGA